AUGAAGACUGCCGCUCACAAACUUCUCUUCUUCCUCCCCUUGAUCAAGUCACUUGAAGCCCAAUUUGUCCCUGAGGCCGAAGCCCGUCUUCAAGCAUGGCGCGCCUAUGGUACCUUCGUUAGCCAGCAAUUGACAGCUGGUGUGCCCAUGGUACCCGGCAAGGAUUUCAUCUAUGUCACCCCUCCCAACAUGGCUGCCGUUCGAGGUGGAACCCCUUGCCCAGACUCGGUGACCAACUUCGAUCUUUUUGCUCUCGCCGAUGGCUUGCAAACCGUCAGCCAGCCUCUCCUUGACACAUCAGGGGCAAGCUACAUUGACAGUUUAUACACGUAUCUGCAGUCCGUGGAUCUGAAGACGGCCACUCCAACCGCUGCUCAGUUGGAUAAGCUACAGUCACUGACCAACGAUCUUUCUGCCGCACAAGAUAAAUUCGAUACCGAGAGUAACAAUGCAUACACCAAAUAUCUGGCGGAUGCUCGCGCCCAAGCUACACACCAAGCCUUUGGUAGUUGGAUCACUCAGCGCGACCCACUGUACACGUCUUUGCAGAGACAAGUCAAAACCGCCAACACUGCUCUGCAAAACUUUGAGCAAUCACUUUAUGGCCCCCAAUAUCAGGCCCUGUCGACCCAGAAAGAUAAGAUCACCAACCAAGCUGGGGAUGAACUAUCUCCCGAACCGGGUUAUAACAUGCCUGUGUAUGGCGCUGGAGGCACCUACAACGUUAGAAUCAACCCUUUCCAGGAGAACCAGCUGACAGACGGGAUCAUCUAUAAGCCUCAAUAUUCCCUUCAAGGUGGUUAUGAGGAAAGCUGUGAUGCUUGGAUCAACUACACAGGCUCCGCCAAUACCGUCUACAACUGGAACAUGGUAAAUGUCAACGGUCAUGAUUGGAGUUCCCUUGGACACUCUACAUCAGUCACUAAUAAAUGUAUCAUGCCUGCUGGUGUUCGACGACCCAAAUUUUGCUUAAGAGGCGCUGCUAAUCAUACUGCACGAGUAGUUGGAGCAAAUUACUUCUUCGGUCUCAUUAGCGCCAACAAGGCUGGAUCAACAGACACAACGGUGUUCAACUCGUGGACCGACAAAUUCAGCACUGCGGUUAGUCUCAAGCUCACCAUGAAAGGUAUCGGAGUCUUCAACAUCGGCGCCGGAUACUGGGACGUCGGGAAUGUCCGCAGCACAUACCCCAGCAUCCUUCCAGCGCCAUACGGCAAAGAUACCCUCAAUCAGAAGAUCAGACUGCAAAGGUUGCUCGUCGGCUCUGAAGUCGGACUUACCAUCACCGUCAAUGAUUCUGGCAUGUAUAAGAGCAUCUACCAAUUCAUUGAAGAUGCUAAGAAGAGUGCUGGCGGUGGUUUCGGUAUCUUCGGUUUCCACUUUGGUGGAGGUGGCAGCUCGGCCACCCACCGCAAUAUCACGGAUGUGACGUUCAACCAGCAACAAGAAGGUGGACAGGUCAUCAUCGCACCUUCGCCGAAGGGUGUACCUGUCAUGCUCGGGGCUCUGGGCAAAGCUUUGUAG